AUUAGUUUUCUAGUUCUACAAGCUGCUGCCGUCCAUACUUCACUGAGGGAAGGAAAGUACCUUGGGCAACGUAGUUCCAAUCAAGAUAAGCGUUGAACAGUGAACGUUGCGUUUCUUCGCCAUCUGUAGGCGGCCAUAAGUGCGCCGUCACAACAGCCACGCCGUUCGCAGCCAAUAAGGGGGACGUCGUCAACACCGUCUUCUGUUCGAAUUCUUUCGAAAAAUAUCAACUUGUUUGUGUUUUCGAAAUGGCACACACCGCACCACUCUAAGCUCGGUAGUAGUGCUUCCCAAGACAGUGGAGUUUUCGUUGUAACUGACCAAUCGCUGAGUGGGAUGGAACUGCUGGCCCCUCCUAUUCCUGGGCAAUCUCUGCUCUCAUUGGAUGAGAUGGUGGGCAGAGAGCCAUCCUUCAUGACUUCUAUCAUGACAGGUUUGAUGGCUGACUGCCAGAGGAGCCCAGCAGGCCUGGGCCAGGAGGCCUGGAGGAUGGGAGCAGAGCCAGGGCCCCACUCUCAGCCGGGCCGGGCCCCCAGGCCAGGAGGCUUGGAGCCCUCCUCCCCUACAGCAGCACUGUUCUACUGCCCCCUGGGGUGGCCCCCUCUCUCACCCCUGCCCCUGCCCUUACUCCCAAACUCCCCUGUCCCCUACUAUCCCACACUGCCCCUGCCAUCCUGCCCCCCCCAGGGCAAAUGCAGCUACUUACCCCGGUGGCAGAAGUACUACCCCCCCCACCCCUUCCCCAGAGCCCCCCCCACAUACUGCUCUGUCCCAGUGUGCUCUCAUGCGGAGGGGGAGUGGUGCUGUCACUCAAACGCUGAUGCCCUGGAGCCCCGCCCACACACCACCUCCAGCCAGCCCAAAGAGCACAGGACCUCAGAUCUAAGGAAGAGGUCAAAGUUCAGGGAGGGGUCAAAGGUCACACAUAAGGCCAUAAGCUGCAGGACCCGGAGUUUCAGUCAGCUGGACACUGCAGGGUGGAGAGCAGGAGGGGGGGGGGAGGCCCAGGCGGUGGCAGACAGAGCUCUCUCCGAGUACAGCCACAUCAUGGAGACCCUAGGGUCACGGGUCACAGGGAGGUCAGAGGUCGUUGUGGAGGAACGGGGAAGAUUCACUGAAUACCUGAAUCAGCUGUGCCAACAGAAGGAGUUUGUCACACAGGUGUUGGCGUUGAUAGACAUGCGCUGUGUGUGUUCUCUCCUGUCUCCUGACACGGACACACACAUCAACCAACAAGCACAAAGAUGGGUAACCAGCUCCUCUCCGCCGUAGACAUUGACCUGCCCUGGUACCAGUGCUGCAGCUUCCCCAACAUAGAACUCCAACUCCCAGAGUCCCCCUGGAGCACCCAUGGUGCACCUCCCCCAUCACCUUUCCCACCAAUCCCUGGAUCUGUUACAUACAGUCCCAACCACACCAAGUACACCCCUACCCAGCACAUACUCACACACUCACACACACACACUCACGCACAUUCUCACACACACACACACACACACGCAAACAUAUACUCACGCACGCACACACACUCAUGCACAUACUCACACACACACUCCCACACUCACACACUCACGCACAUACUCUUUCUCUCAGGUUCCACAGUCUGUCUCAGGCUUGUGUGUUUCCAUGUGUUCCAGUGUGUGUUAUGUUCUGUGUGUGUUAUGGGAUUUUAGUGUGUGUGUGUGCACGCAUGUGUGUGCGCAUAAGAGAGACAGAUUUCCAUCCUGUACAGUAUCAUUUACAGUUUCAUUUACUAUGACGCCAAACAUGACACAUGUAGAAAACUUUGUUAAAAAAGACAUACAAAUAAAACUGAUUAGAAAUAAAAUAUAAUUUCUAACUAUCAGACGGACAAAACCACAAUAAAAUUAAACAGCUAAUAAAAUGGAAUGUCAUUUGUAAACCUUGAGCUGCA